AUGGCUCCUCAAUUAGACGGCUUCUUCAAGCAGGUCGAUGACCUCUCCGACCACUUCAUUGAGCGUCUCCGAAAGGCCGUCGCCAUCCCUUCUGUCUCCGCAGAUGAAGAGCGCCGUCCAGAUGUCGUUCGAAUGGGACAAUUCCUCGCAGACGAGCUCAAAGCUCUUGGUGCUGAGGUAGAGCAACGACCACUCGGCCCACAGCCAGGAAAGGAACAUUUGGAGCUACCACCUGUUGUUAUCGCCCGAUAUGGAAAUGACAAGAAGAAGAGAACUAUUUUGGUAUAUGGUCACUACGAUGUCCAGCCUGCUGGAAAGGAAGACGGAUGGGCGACAGAGCCGUUCGAGCUCACCGUGGAUGACAAGGGACGCAUGUAUGGUAGAGGUAGCACAGAUGAUAAGGGACCAGUUUUGGGAUGGUUGAAUGCUAUUGAGGCUCAUCAGAAGGCCGGUGUGGACUUCCCAGUCAACCUGUUGAUGUGCUUUGAGGGUAUGGAGGAAUACGGCUCCGAGGGCUUGGACGACUUCAUCAACGCAGAGGCAAAGAAGUACUUUGCUGACGCUGAUGCGGUUUGCAUAUCAGAUAACUACUGGUUGGGAACGGAGAAGCCUUGUUUGACAUACGGUCUCCGUGGCUGCAGUUACUACUCGGUUGAGAUCUCGGGACCAGGACAAGAUCUCCACAGUGGUGUAUUUGGUGGAACUGCUCAAGAGCCAAUGACAGAUUUGGUACGAGUGCUUGGAAGUCUUGUUGAUACCAACGGCAAGAUCCAGAUUCCGGGUCUGGCUGAGCUCGUUGCCCCUCUCACCGAGGAAGAGCAGUCACUAUAUGGAAACAUUGCAUUUACCAUGGAUAACCUGUACGAAUCUCUUGGUAGCCAAACAUCAAUCCACCCAGAUAAGGAGAAGACUCUCAUGGCCCGUUGGAGAUACCCAUCUCUCUCCGUUCACGGCAUUGAGGGAGCAUUCUCACAACCAGGUGCCAAGACCGUCAUCCCAGCCAAGGUUAUUGGAAAAUUCUCUAUUCGAACAGUUCCAAACAUGGAGCCAGAGGAUGUCGACCGUCUGGUCUUCAAGUACGUCGAUGAGCAAUUUAAGAAGUUGGGCAGCAAGAACACAAUCAACACUACCUUGCAACACGCAGGAAAAUGGUGGGUGGCUAGCCCCAAGCACUGGAACUUCAGUGCGGCCGGAAAGGCAGUUGAGAGAGUCUGGGGUGUCAAGCCCGAUUUGACCAGAGAGGGUGGAAGUAUCCCCGUAACACUUACUUUCGAGCAAGCCACUGGCAAGAACGUCCUGCUGCUGCCAAUGGGUAGCUCAACAGACGCCGCUCACUCCAUCAACGAGAAGCUUGACAAGCGAAACUACAUCGAAGGUAUCAAGCUUCUGGGUGCCUAUCUCCACUAUGUUGCCGAGGAGGAAAUGAUCAACUAA